AUGUUCCUGUCACACCUGAGUCACUUCAGAGACCUGAGUCACUUCAGAGGCCUGUUCCUCGAAAUGAUCAGCUCGCAGCCUGUGUACAGUGGGUCUCAGUGUCCGUCCAGUAACCGCACAACCCGAAUUCCUGCCAUUGUCCAACCCUCCGACCCACAGGAAAUGAACGAGCCGAUAAGAUUUGACCUGCAGAGAUCGGUCUUUGGUUCCGGGCGAGGCGGUGACCAGGAGCUCGGCGACUCUCCCAAAGCGGCGGUCUCAUUCGGGACUGGUCAGUGUAAAUGGUUCAACGUUCGGAUGGGAUUUGGCUUCCUUUCCAUGACCGGCCGGGACGGAACCCCACUGGAAUCUCCCAUCGAUGUCUUUGUCCACCAGAGCAAGCUGCACAUGGAAGGCUUCCGCAGUCUGAAAGAAGGAGAGCCAGUGGAGUUUACAUUCAAGAAAUCGUCCAAGGGUUUGGAAUCGAUACGGGUAACAGGUCCAGGCGGCACCUCCUGCAUCGGGAGUGAAAGGAGGCCUAAAGGGAAGAAUAUGCAAAAGCGAAGACCCAAGGGGGACAGCCCUGCAUUACAUGCAGGCCUCCUGUGCGUCUCCAGUUUAAGAUGCUACAAUUGUGGAGGUUUGGAUCACCAUGCAAAGGAAUGUAAACUUGCUCCCCAGCCCAAGAAAUGCCAUUAUUGCCAAAGUAUUGGCCACAUGGUGGCCAAUUGCACAGUGAAAGCAGCACAGCAACAACAAUCCGUCAGUUCUCAGGGAAGGCAGGAAAACAAACCAAUGACAGGGCCGUUAACAUCCUCCCCCUCGCCUCCCACCCCACAGGAGACGGGAGGGGAGUACAGCACCGCCCUGCUUCUGGAGGAGACGGGCGAGCACUUGGAGAAGCUACUUCCUGAAUGUGCAGAGAGUGCCCUGCAGGAAUCUGCCGAGGAGCCGAGCAGGCAAGGCUCAUGUUUACAGAAAAGGAAAAAGACCUGA